AUGCGUCCCAUUUCAUUCGCCCUGAUGGCCUCGUUGCUACACACCGUCGUCCCUGCUCCCACGCCGGAGCCAAUGCCCGAGCCCAUGUGGGUGGGACCCGUUGAGCUUACGCCCUCUAUUUGUAUUAGCCUGGUAGCACUCGGGGUGACUUGCACCAACAUGAUUCACAACUUGGGCAAAACUCAGGUCGACAAUGUCAAAGAAGCUCACAGGAUCUCAAUGUUAAAUGUCGAGCAAAACAUCGGCUGUAUAAAGAACCUAGAUCCCGGAAAUCACGUGGCUACAGAGUUACAGAGAAAGGUUAGAGAUAUAAGAGACUCCACAGCUCAAGCCGGACGCUACUCUUCUGGGCCGCCACUUCUCCCGUAUAAGGGCAAGUUGGUCGCUGCCUACGAGCAGCAUUGUGAUGAGUUGAUGCGUCUCAACGAGCAAGCAAAGAGCGAACUGAACAGGCUGCAGGGCCACUCCAGCCCCCGCGGGUCCCAUGACGCCGAGCUCGGAAGGCCAUCGUCUUCCGAUUACUUGACCCCGCAAACAAGUCUCUCGUCAAACCCUGGAUCUGGCCGCAAUGGCGGCUCCAAAGAGGGUGGAUGGAUUAAUGCGGUCAAGAAUGGUGGUUCCUUUACAUGGCCAGGCACAGGUUCUCGGAAGCAUUCGGAUGGUUUGUUGCCGCAGCGAAAGUGA